AUGGGGCUCCCCGCGCUGGAGUUCAGCGACUGCUGCCUCGACAGCCCGCACUUCCGAGAGACGCUCAAGUCGCACGAAGCUGAGCUGGACAAGACCAACAAAUUCAUCAAGGAGCUCAUCAAGGACGGGAAGUCACUCAUCAGCGCGCUCAAGAAUUUGUCUUCAGCGAAGCGGAAGUUUGCAGAUUCUUUAAAUGAAUUUAAAUUCCAGUGCAUAGGAGAUGCAGAAACAGAUGAUGAGAUGUGUAUAGCGAGGUCUUUGCAGGAAUUUGCCACUGUCCUCAGGAAUCUUGAAGAUGAACGGAUACGGAUGAUUGAGAAUGCCAGUGAAGUGCUCAUCACACCCUUGGAGAAGUUUCGAAAGGAACAGAUCGGGGCUGCCAAGGAAGCCAAAAAGAAGUAUGACAAAGAGACAGAGAAGUAUUGUGGCAUCUUAGAAAAACACUUGAAUUUGUCUUCCAAAAAGAAAGAAUCUCAGCUUCAGGAGGCAGACAGCCAAGUGGAUCUGGUCCGACAGCAUUUCUAUGAAGUAUCCUUGGAAUAUGUCUUCAAGGUGCAGGAAGUCCAAGAGAGAAAGAUGUUUGAGUUUGUGGAGCCUCUCCUGGCCUUCCUGCAAGGACUUUUCACUUUCUAUCACCAUGGUUAUGAGCUGGCCAAAGAUUUUGGAGACUUCAAGACACAGCUGACCAUUAGCAUACAGAAUACAAGAAAUCGCUUUGAAGGCACCAGGUCAGAAGUGGAAUCACUGAUGAAGAAGAUGAAGGAGAAUCCCCUUGAGCACAAGACCGUCAGUCCCUACACCAUGGAAGGAUACCUCUAUGUCCAGGAAAAACGUCACUUUGGAACUUCUUGGGUGAAGCACUACUGUACAUAUCAACGGGAUUCCAAACAAAUCACCAUGGUACCAUUUGACCAAAAGUCAGGAGGAAAGGGGGGAGAAGAUGAAUCAGUCACCCUCAAAUCCUGCACACGGCGGAAAACAGACUCUAUUGAGAAGAGGUUUUGCUUUGACGUGGAAGCAGUAGACAGGCCAGGAGUUAUCACUAUGCAGGCAUUGUCGGAAGAGGACCGGAGGCUCUGGAUGGAAGCCAUGGAUGGCCGGGAACCUGUCUACAACUCGAACAAAGACAGUCAGAGUGAAGGGACUGCACAGUUGGACAGCAUUGGCUUCAGCAUAAUCAGGAAAUGCAUCCAUGCUGUGGAAACCAGAGGGAUCAAUGAGCAAGGGCUCUACCGAAUCGUGGGGGUCAACUCCAGAGUGCAGAAGUUGCUGAGUGUCUUGAUGGACCCCAAAACAGCUUCUGAGACAGAAACAGAUAUCUGUGCUGAAUGGGAGAUAAAGACCAUCACUAGUGCUCUGAAGACCUACCUAAGAAUGCUUCCAGGACCACUCAUGAUGUACCAAUUUCAAAGAAGUUUCAUCAAAGCAGCAAAGCUGGAAAACCAGGAGUCUCGUGUCUCUGAAAUCCAUAGCCUCGUUCAUCGGCUCCCAGAGAAAAAUCGGCAGAUGUUACAGCUACUCAUGAACCACUUGGCAAAGAAUGGUCUUGCUGCAUCAGUCUCUGUGUUUGUGCAUGUUCUCACCUUCUGUCGACUUUGGUGGGAUGUUCUUGAUUACCGACUGGAGCGCGAGACAAGAAUGAGAGUAUAA